AUAAAAUAUUAAUGAUUAUUAUUAUUUUCUUGUUAUUCGCAUUGAUUUCAUUACACGUGACCUAUUAAUUUACAUAAUAAGCUAAUAUGAAGACAAAAACACUAAUGACGCUAUUCGUUUUGAUACCGUUGCUCGAACAAGCUUGGUCCGGAAGACCAACAGAUCCCAAAAUUCAUUUGGCCGCAGCUCUAAACAGAAUCAAUCACGACUUACUGAAAGUCGGUCAUCAUGUGGUCACCAGCGCGGCCAAAAUUCUUACAUCCAAGGAAGUACAACAAAUAAUUAAGAAAACCAACAUACUGCUAGUCAACGUACUCAAGAGUUUGAGCACACAUACGAAGCAACAUUUAAGACAAAAAUCUGUUGUUUUACUACGAACGUUUUCAAAACUUCACGAACUUGGUUUGCACGAUGUUCGGAAAGGAUUGCAUAUUGCAAAAGGAAAAUGGACAAAAGACUCUUCGAACAGAUUAAUUGUGACUAACAUUAACACUCUUUCGGAUGUACUUAAAGAUUUAACAGACGUCAUUCAACCGUUGAAUAGAGGAAUACAAGGAAAUAACAAAAAUAUUAACUAUGUUUUUAAACCUUAUCAAAAUCCUAAAAAAAAAUUAUCUUCUUUAAUGGGUUAUACUUAACAACGAUGUAACACCAAGAAAACCUUUUAAGAACAUCGUACAACGUGUAAGCUUGUUUUGUUCAAUACUUUUUUUAUAUAAUACAAGUAAAGUUUCAACUCGAUUAUUAAAACGACAAUUUACAAUAUUCUUUGCAAUCAUAUGUUCUCCUGUAAAUACAGUUUUUUUUUAAUAUUAUCCACACUAUAUCCAAGUUGAUUAGAAUGUAAACCAUAUAUUUUUUUAAA